AUGAAAACUAGGCUUGAGGAACUCCUCUUCAAGCUCAAGGGUGAUCCCUCAGUCAUGCCCGAGAUAGAGUACGAGGUUGGAAAAUACAUUAAUCACCAGGACCUGUCGCCUGUCAAGGCACUGCUUGCAUCUAACACAAUGGAGACUGUUUUCUAUGCAUUGAAGGUUGUUGAGCAGCGAAUCAAGGCCAAAAAGAUGGCAGGCGUAUCUUUGAGAGAGGAGGUGGAGUUUAUGAAAGAUACGGUCAAGGAGGUAAAGACAAGGAAGUCCGCACAGGUGUUUGCCAUGCUUGGCCUUUACGAAUGGCCUAAGGAGUUUCCUGCGUUUUUUUCGAUCAUAAUUGACUUUCUUUCGUAUGGAGACAAGAUGGGAUAUAUGAUAUUGGAGAACUUUAUGUAUCUAUGCAACUACAGCCAGGAAAUCAACGAAGAGAGGAAGAGCGAGCUGAAGAAGGGGUGUGCGAUGAUGGCAAACGCAUACAUGCCAUUGUUUGACGACACGAUGGCCGAACACAUUAUCCCGAUUCUCACCGAGUCUCUGAAGAUGAUGCCAAAGACAUUUGAUUGCAGGAUUGUGCUUAGGAGGGGGGCUGAGUUUCCCAGCAAGACAAUUGAGUUUCUAUGUGAUGGAAUGGGCAUGCUGGAUAUAGAGGAUGUAGUAGAGCUUAUAUCGAAGAUGGAAGUGUGCCAGGGAGUGAUAAUGUGCCUGAAUGGACUAAAGGAUAAGGCGCCGAAGAUUCGGAAUGUGUGCAAGAUGUAUGACUAUGUGUUCAAAGGGCUCAGGAAGGAUGUGUAUACGUUUGGUGCAUCGAUAGAGUUCUGGACGAAGCUUUUUGGGCAGGGUAGUACGCCAGAGCUUGUUGCAGAAGUACUGACGGAGGUUGUUUCGAUAUAUCUCAGCAUUGAUGAGUAUCAAAGGCAGGAGGUUGAGGGCGAGGUGUAUGGGUUUUUCAAUGUUGUGUGUAAGAACUAUUCGAAGUGUGCUGUUGAGUUUCUGAGCAUGAAUGGGGACUAUAUAGGAAGGAAGCUUGCACUUCACUUUAUAAAGAAGGUGUUUGGUGCGCCAGGAAUGGAGUUGAUGAACGAUGGACUGGCACUGACGUUCAAGGAUCCUGUUGUGUGCUGUGGGCUUGCUGUGUGUAAGAAGGACAUCUCAGCAGUGGAGUAUAUUCGGUACUUUGACCUGAACGAGAAGGAGCCGUGCAGGCUGAUAAUCAACAUUCUGGAGAUGUUUGAGCUAUCGGAUGUGCAACUGAACCAGAUACUGGGGCAAUGCGAUGUCAAGGACAAGACAUAUGCAAACGAUGUUAUUGCUGAGUGUCUUAUGAAGCUUGGGCAGGAAGAGCAGUUUUGUGGAGAAUGGACGCAUGAUGAGCUCAUGAGACUUUUUUUCUAUCUUAAAAAACGGCCUGAGAGCUUCCAGCACUAUGCAAAUGCAUACUUCAAUGUGUUUCUGAAAAGGGAGCCGUUUGAUAGAUGCUUUGCCAUUCUUAGGAUGUUUGGAGGCAUUCCUAGCGAAGUAUUGCAAAAGAUAUAUCAUGGCAUAGACGCUUAUCUUCUUAAGGAUCUGGGACACUUCAAUAGGGAUCUUCUUGGAUACAUUGAUGAACAGAAACCAUUUAUCAGAAAAGAAGUGGCAAGGCUUGUUAAUGAAUGGAAAGACAUUGAAGAUCCUGAGGAUCAUAUUUCUUGUACAAAGUCGCUAAUACAAGCAAUUGGGCAUUCGAUUGCUCAUUUUAAGAGCAAGCAUAUGAUUUAUCCGUGUAUAGAUGAGCUUAUUGAGAUUUUACAGAUUGAUGAUCCUGGUGUGGUAAGGAAGGUGUCGGAGACAUUCGGCAUAUGCUCGAAUAACUUUGAUACAUUUAGAGCGGUGUAUUUGUUUGUAAUGUCGUAUAAUUCUGGAGCAUUGGAAAGCACGCAUCCCUCGAUUGUGGCCUCUUUAGCAGUAUGUAUCAUGCAAGAGGACGGUGCAAAGGCAUUUGCUGAAGUGCUUGGAAUAGAUCUGCAGAAAUGCAUCAAUUUGCGGGAAGAUGUGCUGAAGUCCCCCACAAAACGAUCGCAAGCACUUAUCAAAGUGUUUUUGCAAGAUUACAAGGGGAAGCCACUCAAUUCUCUGUAUGCAAAUACCUUCAAGGUUGAAGGUCAGCAAUUUUUCAAGAAGACGUCGAAAAACGAAACCAGUGCCACUACUGAGUUUGAAAUCAGCAGGUCCUUUUUUGAAAGUCAAAUCCAAUAA